AUGGUGAAGGAAACCAUCCGGGUGUACGCGAGGGUGAAGCCGCCAGCCAGGCGGCAGCAAGCGGGGAUUUACUCAGUUGAUGAUGAUGAGAAAUCCUUGCCUGGUCUGGAGAUUAUUGUGCCACGUGAUUUAGCAGAUGGGUUUGUCAAUAACAAACGGGAGAGCUACAAGUUCAGAUUUCAGAAAAUUUUUGAUCAAGAGGCAAAACAAGAUGUGGUUUUUGACAGCAUUGCCAAACCAGUAGCAGAAUGUGUUUUGGCAGGGUACAAUGGUACAAUCUUUGCAUACGGUCAGACAGGUAGUGGCAAAACUUUUACCAUCACAGGAGGAGCAGAACGUUACAGUGAUCGAGGCAUCAUUCCCAGGACUUUAUCGUACAUUUUUGAACAAUUGCAGAAGGAUAGCAGUAAAGUGUAUACAACUCACGUUUCCUACUUAGAAAUCUACAAUGAAUGUGGUUAUGAUCUGCUGGACCCAAGACAUGAGGCUUCCAAAUUGGAAGAUUUGCCGAAAGUGACAAUAAUGGAGGAUCCUGAUCAGAAUAUUCAUCUGAAAAACUUAUCUCUUCAGCAAGCAACCAAUGAAGAGGAAGCUUUAAACUUACUCUUCUUGGGAGACACCAACAGAAUGAUUGCUGAGACACCAAUGAAUCAAGCUUCCACCCGAUCUCACUGCAUUUUCACUAUUCACAUCUCCAGCAAGGAACCUGGAUCUGCAACUAUUCGACGCUCCAAGUUACAUUUAGUAGACCUUGCUGGAUCAGAACGUGUUGCAAAGACUGGAGUUGGAGGUCACUUGUUGACAGAAGCCAAAUAUAUCAACCUCUCAUUGCAUUAUUUGGAACAGGUAAUAAUUGCCCUUGCAGAGAAAAACCGGUCCCACAUUCCUUACCGAAACUCUAUGAUGACCUCAGUGCUAAGAGACAGCCUGGGAGGAAACUGCAUGACUACCAUGAUAGCAACACUCUCUAUGGACAAAAGAAACAUAGAUGAGUCCAUAUCAACUUGCAGAUUUGCACAACGAGUUGCUCUUAUUAAGAAUGAAGCAGUUCUUAAUGAAGAAAUUGACCCAACAUUGAUGAUUGUCCAACUGAAAAAGGAGAUCCAGGAGCUGAAGGAUGAGCUGACACUGGUAACGGGCAAGCAAAGAACAUCAGAGCUUUCACAAGAGGAGCUACUUCAGUUGGAUGAAUUAAUUGAAACCUUUCUUGAAGACAAUGAUCCUGAUAGCACUCUGGAUGUUGGUGCUGACAUGCGGAAGAUCAAGUAUUGCUUCAUUCGUGUCAAGCAACUAAUGAAUAAUCCAAAGAUGUCUGAUAGAAAACAGCUCUCCCAGCAUCCCUCUGAAGAAAAAGACACUGACAAAGAAGCAGAAGAACUGAAGAAACUGAAAGAGCUUCUGCUGCAAAGAGACAAUGAAAUCAAUAUACUGGUAAAUAUGCUAAAAAAAGAAAAAAAGAAAGCUCAAGAUGCUCUUUUCCAGCUUAAUGCUGCCUCUUCUGGUACAACAGUCUUGGAUCAGUCUCUUUCUACAAACCUGGAAGAAAGUCAAAGCCCAUCUAGCAGUUUUAGUCUGAAAGAGGGAAAAUAUUUCAACUCUGCAGUGUAUAGACUACCAUUGCUUUCCAGACAAACAGGAGGGAAGAUGUCACUUGGAUGUCAGGAAGCUUUUGAACUUUUCAAGCGGGACUAUGCUGACAAUAUAAGCAUUGAGGACAACAAACAUCUUUUAAAACAGAGGUUUGCUGAAGCUAAAUCCCUUGGAGAGAAAAUAAAUGAAGUGAGAAACAAGAUAAACCACCUGAAGGGCGAAAUAACACGGAGACACAUUCAGAGGGCAGCUCUAGCUGUUUCCAGUCCUUCUGAAGAGCUAAAUACACUUGAUCCAGUAGAAGAGAAACUUCGGAUGCAAAUUGAAGAAGAAAAAAAAAGUUAUAAAACUAUGUUCAAUCGCUUGAAAGUUCUGAAGGUAGAGAUUGAACACCUGCAGCUUCUUAUGGAAAAAAUCAAGAUGAAGCUGCAAAAAGACUUUGAAGUCUGGUGGUCUGAAGAGGCAAUGAACCUACAGCAGGCAAAGCCAGAGAUGGUUAGCUUACCAAAUACCUCAGCUGUUUAUCAUCAGUUCAUCAAAUCCUCACAUCUACCAACUAGCAGUUCUUCAGAGACUACAAGAUUCAGCCCUACUGAAAAUCCAGCUGAGAAAAACAACUCAAUCUCUUCUAGUGACCCUGCCUUAAAAACAAGGACCCCACCAAGUUCAAGUACAUCUAUUCCUCUGACUGGAGACAGCCAGGCUGAUGCUGACAUCCUAGCUUUCAUUAAAGCAAGACAGAACAUCCUGCAAAAGAAAGGCCUGGGAAACAAAUGAAAUUCUUGUUGCCAUCCACUAUUUCCUUUUAGAAACAGUUAAAGACUUUUAUUCUUUCUCUUCCUCUUCU